AUCUGAUGCAUGUUCAAAUGAAAUUAAACCAUUACCAUUACCAUUACAUGACCCAUCCUGUCCUCCAAAGAGCAUAUUUCUUCCAUCAGUAAAGAUUAGCAGUGUAAUAAAUGGUCAACCUUUCCAAAAAGUGGGAUUAGUGGCAUUUAAGGAGGUGUAGUAGUUUGUCCCAGGAAGGAGGUACUUGGCAUUCAUCUCCAUCGAGCGCCACUUUUUUUUCCUCAUGAGUCUGUAAAAAAGUAAACUUUAUCUUCCUUCCGGCCAAUCUGUGUGCCUUUUAUUGGUCUUUUCAGCCUUUUCACUCCUCCCCAUCCCGCCUCAUCCCUCACCCCCCCCCCCCGAGCGAGCACAUGUGUGCGUAUAAAACGCUCAUCCACCCCACCCCUCCCCCGGUUUGUCUUCUCUUCACACCGCCGGCAUCAUCCAGACCACCAGAAAAGCCCCGGCUUUCGCUCUCAGCGAUGGCCGCACUCCUCUCCGCACCUGGAUGAAGUCAAGUCACCGUUAGGAGCGCCGCCCCUCUUUCCCCCCACCCCGCCCCUCACCCUCAGCACAGCAUAGCACAUCCCCUCUAAACAUCUCAAACCGCUCGCAGUCAUGGGGGCUCGCCGCGUCGUCGCCGCUCUUUGAGGGACUUGACGGUGCAGCCAGGCGCACGCCGGGUGGAUUUAUGGUCGGCAGAGCCGAGAGAAGCAUCCCGAGGAAACGAGAGGAAGUUUGAGCAGCGGGAGGAUGCUGAGGAUGUGCUGGUGCGCCGUGUUCCUCCUCACGCCCGCACUUCACCUGAUGACAAGUGCCCAUGCCUCAAAGUCCGAGAUCGUGAAGUCCGGGAGUCCGAAAUCUACCCUGAAGCACAUAUGGACAGAAGGCAGCAAGGACAUGUCCAUCAGUCGACUGCUGUUGGAGACCCUUCAUGGCAAAGAGAACAACACAGCAUUGGACUUCCGUUACGACACCCCGGAUCCUUAUUCGGAGCAGGAUCUGUGGGACUGGCUGAGGAACUCCACGGACCUGCAGGACUCACGACCCAGGGCUAAACGACGGCCCAUGGUCAAGACCGGGAAGUUCAAGAAGAUGUUCGGCUGGGGUGACUUCCACUCUAACAUCAAGACGGUCAAACUCAACCUUCUGAUCACCGGUAAGAUCGUGGAUCACGGCAACGGAACGUUCAGUGUCUACUUCCGCCACAACUCGACCGGCCAAGGCAACGUAUCGGUCAGCUUGGUCCCGCCCACAAAGAUAGUGGAGUUUGACGUCGCGGCCCAGCAGUCGGUCAUCGACGCCAAGGACUCCAAGUCCUUCAACUGCCGCGUCGAGUACGAGAAAGUGGAGAAAGGGGCCAAGAACACGCUCUGCAACUUUGACCCGUCCAAGACGUGCUACCAGGAGCAGACUCAGAGCCACGUCUCCUGGCUCUGCUCCAAACCUUUUAAAGUCAUCUGCAUCUUUAUCUCCUUCUACAGCACCGACUACAAACUGGUGCAGAAAGUGUGUCCGGACUACAACUACCAUAGUGACACUCCGUACUUCCCGUCUGGCUGACAUCAAGAGUUAACCAGGGAUCGAACCCACCACAGAGAAAUGUGUAUGUUAGCCAUUCUAUCCGCCAAAAUGUCAAACCGGUACCAAACGUUCCUACGGAUAUCUUAUUCUAACGUUUACAUUUUUGCAGGGAUUAUAUUAUGUUUUGAUGUUAAAUUAGCAAAAAAAUUAGCAAAAAAAAUGACUUUGUUUUGGUCAAUUUGUUGAUUUUUCAUUCAUUUGCACUCUAUUUUUUAGAGUGUGUUAGAUUUGAUCUGUGAUUUUUUGGAGGUUUUCUGCAACUCUUUGGACUGGUCAUUGACUCCAAGGACCAGGUGACGAUGCUGGUUUAAUGCUAGUUUGUGAGAUGGUACGUACAACUAACUCCACGUUUGAUUCCGGACUUUAGCUAGCUACGGAAUGCUACACGCAGGCUACAGUAAUCCCUUGCCAUUCAUAUUUUUUUUUUAUGAAUAAAUCUGAGAAAUUUUGUGCUUGACCACAGACAAGUUAGUCCAGAAACUGAAAUACAAAUGUAAGGGAGGUGUUCCAAGAACCAGAUUUGGCCGCCGAAGACCAGGUCUCAGGCUCCCACAUCCGGGCGAGGUCAUAAGAUCAUAAGGGUUUUCUGAAUCACUCUUGGUCUGUCCCGUCACCUCGGACUUGUUUGCCUUGGGAGACCCUACCAGGGUCGGAUGACUCGGGCACUCAAACCCCUCCACCACGAUAAGGUGGUGAUUCACAGAGGAGCAUCCAGGCAUCUUGUCUAGAUGCCUCCCGGACGCCUCCCUGGUGAGAUGUUCCGGGCAUGCCCAGCCGGGGCAGACCUAGGACCCGCAGGGGCAUAUAGCUCCUCGAAUCACUCGGGUACUCAAACCCCUCUAAGGUGGUGAUUCACGGAGGAGUAUCUAGUCCGAAUACCUCCUGGAUGCCUCCCUGGUGAGGUGUUCCGGGCAUGCCCAUCUGGGAAAAAAUCCCCCGCUGAAGGGAUUAUGUCUCACAACUGGCCUGGGAACCAGAUUUGGCCGCCGAAGACCAGGUCACCCGGGCACCCGCCCUUGACCGCCACCCAACACAUAAUGCACCGGACCCUUAUGCUUGCCCCCGUAUGUGGUGGGUCUACAAGGGGGAGAUCCCGUGUGGCUUCUUCGCCCGGCCCCACGGGCCAAGGCCCAACCACUAGGUCUGGCUCCAGGGUGAGUCCCCGGUAUCCCACAUCCGGGCGAGGUGUGGUUCCUCCUCUUUGUUGUCAUCAUAAGGGUCUUCUGAAACACUCUUGGUCCAUCCCGUCACCUCAGACCUUGGGAGACCCUACCAGGGGCAUAUAGCUCCCCGGAUCACUCGGGCACUCAAACCCCUCCACCACGAUAAGGUGGUGAUUCACGGGGGAGCAUCUAGGCAUCUUGUCCGGAUGCCUCCCGGACGCCUCCCUGGUGAGAUGUACCGGGCAUGCCCACCCGGGAAAAAACCCCGGGGCAGACUUAGGACACGCUGGAGGGAUUAUGUCUCGAAGCUGGCCUGGGAACCAGAUUUGGCCGCCGAAAACCAGGUCGGCCAGGCACCCGCCCUUGACCACCACUCAACACAUAAUGCACCGGAUCCUUAUGCUUGCGUGGGUCUACAAGGGGGAGAUCCCGUGUGGCUUCUUUGGGUUGGGCCCGGCCGGGCCCCAUGGGUCAAGGCCUGAUCACCAUGUCUGGCUCCAGUGUGAGUCCCCGGUAUCCCACAUCCGGGCGAGGUGCGGUUCCUCCUCUUUGUUGUCAUCAUAAGGGUCUUCUGAAUCACUCUUGGUCCGUCCCGUCACCUCGGACCUGUUUGCCUUGGGAGACCCUACCAUGGGCAUAUAGCUCCCCGGAUCACUUGGGCACUCAAACCCCUCUACCACGAUAAGGUGGUGAUUGACGGAGGAGCAUCUAGGCAUCCAGUCCGGAUGCCUCCCGGGCGCCUCCCUGGUGAGAUGUACCGGGCAUGCCCACCCGGGAAAAAACCCCGGGGCAGACUUAGGACACGCUGGAGGGAUUAUGUCUCAAAGCUGGCCUGGGAACCAGAUUUGGCCGCCGAAAACCAGGUCGGCCAGGCACCCGCCCUUGACCGCCACUCAACACAUAAUGCACCGGAUCCUUAUGCUUGCCCCCGUAUGUGGUGGGUCUACAAGGGGGAGAUCCCGUGUGGCUUCUUUGGGUUGGGCCCGGCCGGGCCCCAUGGGUCAAGGCCUGAUCACCAUGUCUGGCUCCAGUGUGAGUCCCCGGUAUCCCACAUCCGGGCGAGGUGCGGUUCCUCCUCUUUGUUGUCAUCAUAAGAGUCUUCUGAAUCACUCUUGGUCCGUCCCGUCACCUCGGACUUGUUUGCUUUGGGAGACCCUACCAGGGGCAUAUAGCUCCUCGGAUCACUCGGGCACUCAAACCCCUCUACCACGAUUCACGGAGGAGCAUCUAGGCAUCUAGUCCGAAUGCCUCCCGGACGCCUCCCUGGUAAGAUGUUCCGGGCAUGCCCAGCCGGGAAAAAGCCCCGAGGCAGACUUAGGACACGAAGCUGGCCUGGGAACCAGAUUUGGCCACCAAAGACCAGGUCGCCCAGGCACCCGCCCUUGACCGCCACCCAACACACAAUGCACCGGACCCUUAUGCUUGCCCCCGUAUGUUGUGGGUCUACAAGGGGGGGAUCCCGUGUGGCUUCUUCGGGCUGUGCCCGGCCGGGUCCCACGGGUGCAAGGCCCCGACCACCAGGCACCCCUCCCUGGGGCCUGGCUCCAGGGUGAGUCCCUGGUAUCCCAUAUCCGGGUGAGGUGCGGUUCCUCAUAAGGGUCUUCUUUUCUUUUAUUGAUAAAUAAGGAAUCCUACUUCAUGGAAAUUCACUUAUCACUGUUGGGUCUGCAACCAAUUAACGAUUAUAAUUAUAUUAUAAUUAUGGAAACUUUUUAGGGGAUGGGGCUCACUCCUUACUAAUUUGUGGACAACUGGUUGGUCCACCCUUAGCAGCAACAACCGCAAUCAAGCGUUUGUAUUAACUUGCAAUGAGUCUCUUACAGCGCUUUUUGCCCACUCAUCUUUGCAGAAUUGUUGUCAUUCAGCCGCAUUGGAGACUUUUCAAGGUCAAUAGGAUUCAGGUCAGGACUUGGACUAGGCCACUUCGAAGUCUUCAUAUUCAGAGGUGGACUUUCUGGUGUGUUUUGGAUCAUUGACCUGCUGUGGAACCCGAAUUUGGUUUCAUCCAAGAAAUGGACGGAUGGACUUCAGGAUUUUUUUGGCAGAAUUCAUGGUUCCAUUUAUCACAGGAAGUCUUCCGGGUCCUGAAUCAGAAAAAACAACCCUAGACCGUCACACUACCACCACAGUAUUUUACUGUUACUGAUAUAAUGUUCUUUUUUUUCAGAAAUACAGCAAUACAC